CAUGACAAGAGAGCCAGUCUUUCUUGCCGACAUCCAGAACCAGACGGUCUCAGAGGGCAGGAACGUUCGCUUCUCCUGCAGGGUUGACAACUUAGGCUCACAUAAGGUAACAUGGAUACAUUAUGAGAACUCCACUAUCCUGACUGCCACCCACGUCAUCACCCGGAACGAGAGAAUCACCGUCAGCCGCGACAAACACCAGAAGACCUUUUACCUCCAUAUAAAGGAUGUGAGAGAGACGGACACUGGGAAGUAUAUGUGUCAAAUUAACACCGCUGCUGCCAUGACGAUUGCUGGCUACCUUACUGUUGUUGUGCCGCCGGACAUCGUUGACCAAGAGAGUUCUGGUGACGUCAUAGCCCAGGAGGGGAACGACAUCAAGCUGCGAUGUCGUGCCAGAGGGUCACCCAAACCCACAGUGACCUGGAAGAGAGAGGACGGGCAACACAUCACGGUGAACAAGUCUACUACAGUGUUGGAGUUUGAGGGCGAGGUGCUACGACUCAGUAAAGUAAGCAGGAUGGAUAUGGGAGCCUACCUGUGUAUCGCCUCCAAUGGUCAUCCUCCAACAGUGAGCAAGAGAAUACUCGUCAGCGUCGAUUUUCCGCCCAUGUUGUGGAUUCCUCAUCAGCUGAUAGGGGCGGCUACAGGCAAGACGGUAGUGUUGGAAUGCUUUACUGAGGCUCAUCCGACUUCUUUGAACUAUUGGACGCGGGGAGACGGCAACAUGAUCUACGAUUCUGAGAAAUACCACAUUGAGAACCGCAUAGGUAACCCGGAGUACAAGAUCCACAUGUUAUUAACGGUGCGGUACCUGACCCAUGACGACUUCGGAACCUACCGUUGUGUGGCUAAGAAUCCUAGAGGAGAGACAGAUGGUACAAUCAAGAUCUAUAACUCUGGGCCCCCACCCACCACGGUUCUCCCACUCACUACGGAAGCAGAGAUGUUUGAACAGAUCAAUAACCAGAUCUGGGACAAAUCAGAGAAUCGAACGCGCAAGCGACCCAAUCCUCUGGCUGUGAGUGGUCAGAACGGAGAGGAGGAAGAUCUGGAGGUGACCCAAGAUAUGACCAUCAACCUGCCUGCUGUUGGCCAGAACUUAGGAUCUCGUAGAGUGCCGUGGGCGAGCGUCUUCCCUCUCCUGACGGCGGUGGGUGCCUCAUUCUUCGUCGGGUACAUCAUCUUCUGAAACACACAGCAUCACCCGACACUCCUCUCCCUCACGUGUACUCUUCCCCUUCCUCUUCCUCUUCCCCCUCCUCCGUGCUCCUGAUGGGCGUCUCUCCACGACUUCACUUCUGUCACUGACGUCACUGAUCACAUUCCAGUCAACCAGAAACGAUGAAGGCAUCUACGAGUGACGUAACAGAUGUAAACAGAUGGUCUUAUUGGCGUAUCUUGGUUUAUCAUCUAGCCAAUCAGAUACGACGAGAACAUCUGUGGGUGACGCAAUAUGGUGUAAACAAAUGACCUCAUUGGCUAUCAACCAGCCAAUCAAAAAACGGCGAGGAACAUAAUGUGAAUGAAACAAUAAUUUACAAACAAUUGACAUCAUUCUGGACUGAAAACAAGUGACGUAAUAACCAUCCGACCAAUCAGGAGGCUAGAUUGAUAUAAAGACCCGUUUUUAUCGAUAUUGUGCCAUAUGUUGAAUCUUAAAUGGGAUAUAUUGUUAUAUAGGAGGAAGUUAUAUAGUGAUUAGUUAAUAGACAGGUAGGAAUGAGUGUCUUGACAUAAUGGAGGAACAUUGUGUUGAUAAGUAACAUAUUGGUGAGCGAUAGACCGAUGAUUAUUUAGAGAGAACAAAUUAUCCGACGUAAACAAAUCAUAUCAUAAAUUGUAUCAAGUGAAAAUAGAGAAAAAACUUGCAAAAUUUUCUUCAAUAGGAAAAAAGAAAAGAAAAAAAGAAAACGAACCAAGACAGAGGGAAGACUAAAGUGUUUUUUCUUCAAGUAAUGGUGACGAGAGAAACUGUAUAAGUGAUUAAUUUCUUCCUUUCUACUUUACUUAUAGAAGAAAUUCCCAGCCCUCCCCCACCUCCUAAAGAAAAAAUAAGUUUCUACAGAGAGAUAACUAUUCACAUCUUGAGGGUCAUUAAGGAUUAUAAUAGGUAAUUUAUGUACCCAGGGGUGACCGACUACUUGUUCUGUGGUGAUCCUAAUGUAAAUAGCGUUUUGUAAUUUGUACACAGUAGUCCCCCCCCCCCCCACCCUCUUCCCCCUACCCCCCUCCCCCCAGUUGCUUGGUCUGACAUAUACCACAGGUGUGUUAAUGGGUGUUACAGGUAGUUAGAGGUGAAUGUUAUUGUAUAUAGUAGCUUAGUGUAGUGGCCUAUAGUAGUUUAGUGAGUUUGUGAAGUGAGAGAAGAAAAUAAAUAAAUAUUAUGUUAAAGACAGUCUUGCCAAACGAACGUGUGUGUGUGUGUGUGUGUGUGUGUCUGUGUGUGUGUGUGUGUGUACCUCCGUGCUCAGAGAAGAUAGUGUGAGCACCAGCGUUGAGGGAAGAUAGGUGUAUAUAUAUAGUGAAGGAGACAGCCAUCACUACCUCGUCACCCUUAUGGUACUGAAGCGUAAAGACCAUUUUCCUGAUGCCGACCCCCUCCCUAGCCUCCUUCACCCCGAGCUAAUGUUAUUGUCAUCAUUAUCAUCAUUAUCAUCAUUAUCAUCAUUAUCAUUGUAUUAUCAUUGUAUUAUUAUUGUUACCGUGGUUAUUAUUGCAUUGUUAAUAUUGUUAUUUUUAUUGAGACAGGAGUUUAUCAAUUCAUUGUAGAAUAUGAGAUAUGAUGAUGAUGAUGAUGAUGAUGAUGAUGAUGAUGGUAUGGAUAUGAAGAAAAAAUAUUGAUUAUGAUGAUGACAAUGAACGAUAUGAUGAUGAUAACGGUGAUAAUUCAUACCUAUAAUUGAGACGAUAAUUACUUCACCUUUACCUCUAAUUACCUAUGAUUUAACAGAUAUUGCAGGUGACCUAGGAUUAUUAUAUUAAUUCUAUGUAUAAUAUAAAAAAACUAAUUUGAUCUGCAUUGCUUAUUAUUAAUUAUUAUUAUUAUUAUUAUUAUUAUUAUU